UACCGAUGAACACACGUCCGGAUACGAGAUCGCACCUACGUAAAAGGACAACAUCAUCACAUUUUGGAGUUUAAAAAAAAUUUUUUUGACGAGGAGCUUUGUUUGUUUUGUUUUUUGUAAUAAAAGCCAAUAAAUUGGCGUCGGGAGAGGACGCGCGCGCGCAUUCCACAGCAGGAUUUGCGUUCAUUUCCCAUCUCACAUUUGACUCUCCACCACACCACAAUGCUGUCUUUUUCCUGUCUUGCACUUCUGUGCUCCGUCUGAUGGUCAUCACAGGCAUGUCUGAACAGCAAAGCAAAUGUUUUAAUUGAAUUUUUGUUUGUUUAUUUUAUUUAUUUAUUUUUUGCAUUUUCACUACUACGUCUGGAAGUGGAACAGCGGCUCUCCGAGCCAGAACGCAGAAACAUGGACGCGUGCUUGAGACGGCUGAAGCAGGAGCUGCUGUCGAUGAAAGAGGCAGGAGAUGGCCUCCAUGCUCAGAUGAACUCGAUGAUGGGCGCUCUGCAGGAACUCAAACUGCUUCAGGUCCAGACAGCACUUGAGAGCCUUGACAUCUCAGGACGGCCGAUUAACCGAGGGCCCCCGCAGUCCUCUCCAUCUGCACCUACUGUUGUCACAGCUGCUGCCCCAGCGAUGACCAUGCCUGAGGAAACCGGUCCUAGUCCAAGUCAUAGUCCUUGUCGUAAUCCUAGCCCAAGGCCUUCACAGGGUAGCAGGGUGUCAUCUGGCCGAGACGGCCAGAGCCGGUCCCAACACAGGAGCAGCACAGGAACCUCGUCCGCCUCCUCCUCCUCUUCCUCCUCCUCUAGCCUGGGGAGCGAGAGGAGUGAAAGGAGUGUGAGGAAUGAGAGCAUCCUUGAGUCCGUACCAAGGAGGUGGUCAGGGUACACUGCCCCUCAGGUGGACUUCUGCGGACCCACAGUGGGUAACCCUCCUUCGGCUGCCCAUCCCCACCCAGCUCCCCUUGGCACCCAGGUGGUGGACCUACCAGGGAUCCUGUACAGCCUCUCCAGAGAGGGCCCUUCGUUAGACAGCGACUACUCCCAGGACAGCAUGGAUGACUCCAGCGACUGGACCUCUUCACUGAUGAGCCAGAGCCGCAACCGCCAGCCUUUGGUGCUGGGGGACAACGUUUUUGCAGACCUGGUGGGCAACUGGCUGGACCUGCCCGAGCUUGAGAGGGAGGAGGAGGAGGAAGGGGAGGAGAGGAAGAAGAGGAGAGGGGAGAGGAUGAGCGACACUGAGGCAGAUAGGCUAGACACCCCUGGCCACCCACUCCGUUUGAGCCGCUCGCAGGAGAUCUGCCGCAAGUUUUCAUUGACCACCAACAUCUUUAAGAAGUUCCUGCGCAGCGUCCGACCAGACAGAGACAAGCUCCUCAAGGAGAGGCCUGGCUGGGUGGCACCAGAGCUCCCUGAGGGAGACCUGUUCAAAAGACCCAAGAAGCUGGCUGCAAAAUCAUCCAAAGGGAGCUUUUACUUGCCUUUCUGGGCAGGUGGACAGCAGAAUAAAGGGAGGCCAUGUGCUCAGCUGGCAGACGCAGAGAGAAACCACCACCAACUCCAUCACUUCCACCAUCAGCAGCCACAGCAGUUCUCAGGGAUUUAUCUAGACAGAAGACAGCCAGAGAGCCGUCUGGAGCGAAUGCAGCCCAUUUUUGACUACAACACAGCUGUAUGGGUGUGAUAGUGACUUUUAGUCCUGGGCCACCACACAACCACAGAUUGAGUGACAGGUGCUGGGGGAUUUGGCUUGGCAGAAGUGGGAAUGAAUGAGAGACUGUAGAGAUGACAGUCAUCUCACUAAAAUGAACUGAGAGUUGAUGAACUCUACACCCAGUCAUUUCUUCCUCCAACUGAGAGAUUAUCAGGGCAACAGUGUGUCUGACAAUCCUUAAAUCUGAAUUUUGUGCGUGUGAGUGCGUGUGUAUGUGUGUGUGUGUGUCAACAUGUGCAAGUGUAGAGGGCUGUGUUUGAAGGGAAAAAACAGUGCAUAAGAGAGAAAGCCAUGUUUGCAGAAGGCAAAGAGAGCGAGAGAGAGAUGUCCUUAGAGGUGUACUGGUUUCUUCUUCAAUUUUGUAUCACUAAUUUCCUCUCAAGAAUGCAUGCAUGUGUGAUUGAGCUUUGUGGACUACUUAAUUAACAGAUGGUACAUGACAUGGACAUCACUCUCAGAAUGUCUCUUAGAAACUCCAUUAUCUUGCAUUGUCGCAGUUUUUCAAUAAACCAUCCAGUUUUUCAUAUGCUUGAAAGAUUUUGACUUUUUCACCUCUGUGCUACACACUCUCAUGUACCACACUUGAUCGUUUGUCUUACAUCUAUGGAUAGUGUACCAACUGUUGGAUUGCAUGGGCACUGUUUCUUUUUUUAUAAAUGACAUUACAAACAGCUGUUACCGAACGCACUGCCAGUAAUCACGGUCAUCUUCCCUUUUGCUUCCCUAAAGGUCCAAACUUCCUGUCAGUCACAUCACAUUUACCUCGCUCAGGGAAUGAAAGGGACCAGCGACCAUUAUGUUACACUGCCAGAGUUAAAUCUAUUGAAUGGAUACUAUUAUCUCGCCUCGUAAGACAUACAGCAAUACAGUGCAUGACUAGUCUACGCCGUCAAUGAUUACGUUAAACUUUGAAACCCUUUCCUUUUUCGUGUUUCUCAGAGAUGUUGUGCUUGCUUUUGUACAAGAUAUAUCAAUUUAUCUUUGCCAUGUAAUCAUGGCACCUCCUCAGUUAACUGCCAUUCCCCCUGGGCUGCAGAGAGAGAGAGGGAGAGGGAGAGCUAACGUUAGCUAGCUAACGUAUUAAAUUAGCUAUCAAGACAAUAAGAGAGAGAGAGAGUACAUGCAGCCUGGGGUACUAAAGAAAGAGAGAGCAAUAGAGAGAGAGAGAGAGAGAGAGAGAGAGAGAGAGAGAGAGAGAGAGAGAGAGAGAGAGAGAGAGAGAGAGAGGCCUUGGGUUUUUCCAACGUCUUGGCCAGCCAAUCCAUCUGGUGUCUCAGUAUUCAGGUCACCCAUCACGUAUACACAGAUCAGAAGGUCAGACAUACGCAAACACACACACUGGCCGUUUCUGUUAAGACUUAUGUGCCAUAAGCCACUGUCUGAGAUGUCAUUCCCCAUGGUGUGUAUUUAAAUGAGCAAUUUCUUUUCUCCCUCUUGACGCCUCCAAAAGUGUAAAUUUCAGUAUCGUUGAUAUUUUUCACUAGGGUUCUGCGAACCUCGUGUAGUGAUUCUGUGUCACGUGCACUGUAAAACUGUUGCUGACUCUUUGUAAA